AUGUCUAUUUUUUCCUGGUUCUUCACUCUGUGGCACUCAUCAGCCUCGUCCCUGCUCCUUGUGGGGCUUGUGGGCAGACAGCUGGGGCUCAGGGUGGGACUGCAGGUGGCUCAGACUGCGACGUGUUCUCGGUGGAGUACACCGAGUGACCAGGGUCUGUUCCAGCAUGGAGAUGUAGUUAUUGGUGGGCUUUUUAAUAUUUAUAACAAGCCUCCAGCUUUAGAUCAUGACUUCACCCAGCUGCCACAGUACAAAUCCUGCACUGGUUUAGAAAACCUUCCAUUACAGUAUGUAUAUGCUAUGGUGUUUGCCCUGGAGGAAAUCAAUCACAGUACAACACUGCUACCAGGUGUGAAGUUGGGCUACCAUAUUCAUGACAGCUGUGCCUUUCCCCUGUGGGCUGUGCAGGCAGCACUGUCAGUAGUUGGAGGAAACAGCACCAGCUGUAACUCAGCAGCCCUGCCAGAGUAUUCUGCUGGGUAUGGAGAGGAAAUUGGUGAUCAGCCUGUUCCUUUGAUCAUUGGCGGUGACUCAUCUUUCACAGCCCAGAUACUCGCCACAGUCCUGGGGCCGCUCUCAAUGAGCUACGCAGCUAGCUGCUCCUGUCUAAGUGACAGACACCAGUUUCCUGACUUCUUCAGGACCAUACCCAGUGAUAUUUACCAAGCCUGGGCCAUUGCACGGCUUGUCAUGCAUUUCAAUUGGACCUGGAUUGGAGCCGUGGUAUCAAAUAAUAAUUACGGCCUAACAGCAAUAAAGAUAUUUCAGGAAGAGAUUCAGGGGACUGGGGUGUGUCUGGCAUUUGUAGAAACUCUCAACAGAGAAAACAUUGUGAGUGAAGUCAAACGAGCAGCCCUCACAAUUCAGGCCUCAACUGCAAGAGUGAUUCUUAUCUUUACCUGGUAUACAGAUGUGAGGGAACUGUUUCUGCAGCUAGCCAAGAUAAAUGUGACUGACAGACAGUUUCUGGCCAGUGAGGCUUGGAGCACCAGUGGUGACCUUCUUCUCCAAAGUCUUGUCAUAAGUCAAGUGGCAAGUGGUGUUGUUGGUGUUGCCAUUAGAAGUUCAACUAUACCUGGCUUUGAAAAUUAUAUCAGAAGUCUCAACCCAUCUCACCGUCCUGAUGACAAGUUCUUAAGAGAGUUUUGGGAAAAGGUGUUUGGUUGUAGUCCUGGAGCCACACCUUUAUCUUCAAAUGCCUCUUCACCACCUUCUCUUGCAAGCACAUUGCUUCAAGAAGCUUCUCUACCUCUCUGCAAUGGCACUGAGUCCCUAGAGGGAGUGCAGAAUGACUUUACUGAUGUCUCUCAACUACGGGUGACAUAUAAUGUCUACCUUGCUGUUUAUGCUGCAGCCCACGCCCUUCAUAGUCUUCUGUCCUGUCCCA